GCUCCGUAUCGUAGCAACGGCAGAAGAGUCAAAAUGGCGGAAUCAGAAACCAUCAGUGUGGAUACGUCCAUGAAUGAGCUCCAGGAUGAUCCACUGCAAGAUCUAAAUGAUGAGCAGUUGUACCAAUUGCUGGAAGAAACAAUCCGAGCUAAUGAAGUCCUUGCUGCAGAGACCCAAAUGUUUGAGAAAUAUCUUAAACGUGUUGAACCUAAAGAUGUGCCAGGGAUUAAUCAAGCAGUCACAGCAACACCGUCGUUGUCAACACAUGAAGUCCGCAGUGUGGGCAGGAAGAGAUCAAAGUCCCGGAGCAGUAACAUAGACAAAAGUCUGAGGCUCAGUGCCGAGCAGAAAUGUGACAUUGCCCAGCGAGAGAUCGAAGAACUUAGGGAGGAAAUUGAAGAUCUGAAAGAUGAUUCAGAGAAGGUUUUAGAUAUGUAUAGAGCCAUUAUGGAAGAGAGUGAAAUGAGACUGGCCGAAAUCAAAAAGUCGGCCUACGAGUUUGACAGAGACAUCCUAAAAACAGCAGUCAACAGCAGGACAGGAAAAGUCAUAGCUGAGAGAGUCACAAGAUAUUUUGAGGAUAAAUUGAGAGCCAGGGACACACUUAUUGAAAAGCUUCGUCUCAAAAAUUCCACUCUCAAAGUCAAUAAAAAGAAACUCCAUUUACAACUGAAACAGAAAGAAGAGAUGGGUGAAGUGUUACAUGAAGUUGAUUUCAACCAGUUGAAGAUUGAGAACAGUCAGUAUCUCGAGAAGAUCGAUGAACGAAAUCAAGAUCUUCUGCGUCUCAAACUCAUGGCUGGCAACACACUACAAGUCCUCAACACAUACAAGAAAAAGCUUAAUACACUGAAUAUGGAAUCAGAUCGUCUGCGAUCAGAAAUUGCAUCAAGAAAUGAUCUUCUCUCCAGAAUAGAUUCGGAGACACACUUGGUUGAGGAGGAUCGCUUCAAAGCGGAGAAAAUCAACCGUAAAUUACGCCAGCAGUUAACCGACUACCGUGUGCCAGAUGUGAUGGAUUAUGUCGGAGAGAAGGCCAACCUUUAUGAGAUGCAGAAGAAAGUGAAAAGUUGGGAGCGCAAGGUUGAGAUUGCAGAGAUGGCCUUGAAAACUCACCGGAAGACGUGGACCCAGAUGCAGAUAGCAAGCGGUCAAAACCAAGGAUGGCCUGUUGAAACAAUCUAAUCGCAAUAGAAAACAUUUCAUUCAGAAUAAAAAGGAGCAUGUCUGGUUGUGUUAGGAUUAUUCAUUUUGGAAAUCUCCAGAUGUUGACACAAAUUAUCCAUGUUUACUUUGUGUUGUAUCCAUAUAUAUGCAUGCCAGCAUGUUUUCAUCUGUGACGUAUUCAGCACUAAAUAUAGAAUGAUCACUCCGCCCAAUAUCAUCUGUAUUGUGAUAUUCAUUCAUUUGGGACAACAGUAAGAGAAGGAGGGGUUGUCCUCCAAUUCUAACAGUUACAGCAGGCAAGACUUGCAGUUGCGCUUGUGAGUAGGACAACCAACUGGCAUGAAAAGUACGGCUGACCCUUCUUGUCCUCUGUGUUUGACAAAGGAUACAUUUUGUGACAUUUUCUUUAGAAUUGAUGCAUGGAUGAUAUUCAGUAACAUGACUGUAUAAGACAACUCAUCAUUUCAUAGCAUUUUAUUUGAUUUUUUAGUUGAUUAAUUCAUCAAUGCUAACAAGUCUGUAGACUGAAACCGUCCAAAUCAAUCCCUAUUCAAAAUAAGAAAAGUCCCGGAGUAGGGGAGAACAUUUGUUAACAAGCUUUCAGCAUGCUACACUGUUUGUAAAUACAAAGUCAUGAUUAGAGAUUUUAUGCAAGUUGCUUUUAUAACAGUAAAUUGUCAUUAAUUUAUUCAGAAGGAAUGAUUACCGGGGUACAUUGAUGUUUAUGUUAAAGGUUGAUGAGACGAAUGUAUAUUUGGUCUGUGGACUUGUCUUCGUUUUUUCAGAAUGUAUGUCUGUGAUAGUUCCAUUGUACUUGCUAUUGAUUGUAUGAUGCAGAGAUGUCAUUCUCCUCAAGUUCUGGAUGAUCCAGUUAUCGUGUCAUCUACCGGUUCACCGGGUCUGACCUUCUUCCCAAGGAGAUAGGCAGGCAUCUGUUCUUCUGGACGUCUGAAAAGUGACUGACAUUCCGUCCAAAUGUCUUACUGAGACAAGUAAUAUGUUUAUCUUAAAAUAAUGUAUAAGUAUGUGUGUAAAUAAAACUUCUGUGAUUCAUAAUUC